AGCUCAAGACAGACAGAAGAAAGGGACUCUUUUAAGUCUAGAAAAAUGCUCACUCCUUCCUCAGAACAUUUCCACUGUGAUGAAAAAAGACUGAUGAAGCCUCAGAGAGAAACGCAACUCUGGGUGGUGAUGCAAUAGUGCAGAAUCCAGAAUGGAUGUCCUCUUUGCAGCCAUCCUUGCUGUGCCACUUAUCCUGGGACAAGAAUAUGAGGAUGAAGAAAGAGUGGGAGAGGAGGAAUAUUAUCAGGUGGUCUAUUAUUAUACAGUCACCCCCAGUUAUGAUGACUUUAGUGCAGAUUUCACCAUUGAUUACUCCAUAUUUGAGUCAGAGGACAGGCUGAACAGGUUGGAUAAGGACACAACAGAGGCAGUAGGGACUACCAUUAGUCUUGAAACAGCACGUGCAGACCAUCCGAAGCCUGUAACUGUGAAACCAGUAACAACGGAACCAAGUCCAGAUCUGAAUGAUGCUGUGUCCAGUUUGCGGAGUCCUAUUCCCCUCCUCCUGUCCUGUGCCUUUGUUCAGGCGGGGAUGUAUUUCAUGUAGAAGGUGGGAGAAGGCUGCUAUGAGUCUUUGGAUGGGAGUUUGGCAAGAGGAAAUUGGAAGAUAAAAUAAAUAAGUGAAAUAAUCUGGUUA